AUGUCUUCACACCACACAAUUCAUCAUCUUCACUCGGAUGUAAUUCAUGGGAUUUUGAGCUUUUUGGAUGGAAGAUCUAUCAUUCUCACUCGCUCAAGUUGUAAAAUAUUUAACGAAUGCUAUAUGAAUCAUAGAGAAAGAAUAUGGAAAGAGUUGUGGAGAAGGGAAUUUCCAUCACUUUCCGAAAAGAUUAAUUAUUUUAUUGAAAAUAGAGGAGACGGUGAAUUUACAAAUAUAAUAGAGAAGAAAGUUGCUAAUUGGUCGGAUUACUUUGAUCUUUUUUUUAAUGCCAAAUUACAUCAUGAGAGAAAGGGACAAUAUAAAUUGAAUAUUCUCAAGUCAGACAAAUUGGAAGAUAAACAAGAGAGUAAUCCGAAUGACAUAUUGACACAGACUCUCCCUGUUUCAUUCUGUUGUUUCAUGAAAAAGUAUAGAAAUUUAGAAGGAUAUCUACCAAAUGAAAAUGUGCUUUCAAGACUUACCAACGAAGAAAGAGGUGUAUUGAAUAUCAUGACCGAUAAGAAUAGGUAUUUAUUCUUUUCGAGAUUUAAUGAUCCAGUAUUUUCUCUAGUGGAUGUUAAAAAUAAUAGAAUUGCUAAGAAAUUCGUAGGUCACAAAGGAACUGUUCUGGACAUUAAAUGUCUCUUUACUGACCCAUUCAAUUUAAAGUCGACCAAUGUAGGAGCAGGCACUUUCUACCUCAAUACUACAAGUACAUCCUUCAAUAAUAGAGUUGUUAGUGCUUCAAGUGAUAAAACUAUCAAAAUUUGGAACUUUACAACUGGAAGUUGCAUUGAAAGCUUGACAGAACACAAAGGAAGUGUUGUCUCCAUUGAAAUGAUCAAUGAGAAUGUUCUCUGUAGCGCCUCUCAUGAUUUAUCCAUUAAGCUGUGGGACUUGAAUCAUGGAGCAUCUCUUUCAACAUUGGACAAUGUACAUGAAAAGUUGAUUUACAAAAUUCAAUAUAAUUCAUGGAAUAAUUUCCUUGCAUCAUGUGGAAAGGAUGGUACCACUAAUCUAUUUGACAUGAGAACUAUUAGUAAUGCUUCUAAACCUUUCAAAACCUUGGAUCAUAUCAAGGAUGGAGACACUGAAAAAUUGUCAGUCUAUUCAAUUGCUAUGAAUUCACACACUCUGUGUUGCGGAGGAAAGGAUGGCUUAUUUACCAUGUAUGAUUUGAGAAAUCUCGAAAAGCCACUCUUAAAGAAGAAUUUCACAUCUUCCAUUGACAGAAUUUAUUCGGAUGAGUUUAAGGCAGUACUUUUUGAAGGAUUCACUUGUAAAGUUCUCGAUUUAAAUACAAUGCAAGAAGAAACCAUCACCGAGUUGGAAAAUAGACAAGCUACCUAUUGUGUUGCCCUAGGAAAUGAACCAUUCAUUGAUUAUAACACAAUGGUCACUCAGAUUGAUAAUCAAAAUCUAUGCCUCGUCGACAUGUUGUAA